UGGUGUUACCAUGGUAACAGUAAAGCCACAGCUCGCCUGUCGGUGGAUCGCCGGGCCACAGAGAGCAGCGGCCCUGAUCACUUACUGCCCGCUGAGCCUGAGAGCUGACUUCACCACCAGCAAGGCAGGUGCUGAAGAAGCUGGGAUGUCGAAUGAUCUUGUGGGAGUGUGGGAGGUGGCUCUGAGCGAUGGAGUCCACAGAAUAGAGUUUGAACAUGGCACGACCACUGGGAAGAGGGUCAUCCACAUUGAUGGAAAGGAGAUACUGCGGAGAGACUGGAUGUUCAAGCUUGUGGGGAAGGAGACGUUCAAUGUGGGCAACUCAGACACCAAGGCAACCAUCAACAUUGAUGCGGUGAGCGGCUUUGCCUAUGAAUAUACGCUGGAGAUCAACGGGAAGAGCCUGAAGAAGUACAUGGAGAACAGAUCAAAGGUGACGAGCACGUGGGUGCUCAACCUGGAUGGCAUCGAUAUUAGGGUAGUCCUGGAGAAAGACACCAUGGAUAUUUGGUGUAACGGACAAAAGAUGGAAACUGCGGGGGAGUUUGUGGAUGACGGCACGGAGACACACUUUACACUCGGUGACCAUGACUGCUGUGUGAAGGCGGUGAGCAGCGGCAAGAGGCGAGACGGGAUCAUUCACACACUGCUUGUGGAUGGCACAGAGAUAGCUGAAUGCACAGAGUGACAUUUGCACAAGAGCAGAGAUUGGGUUUGAGUGUGUAGGAUUGUGUGUGUGUACAUGUAAGACAGUGGGACCAUGUAGAUCAGAGUGCAUAGACACUGUUGGAAUCUGGGACCAACUGAGAAAAAAACUGUAUCCAACCAAUUUUUGAUGGCCAUUCAUCGGCGGGAAUAGUAGCCAUAUAUAUCUGAAAAGGAUGCAAUGUUAGUCAUAUUGUUCCAGUCACUGAAGGUAGGAGCUUUAGUUUGGAUGUGAAGGAACCAGUCAUAAUUUAAGUUCCAAAAGUGGAUUAAAAUGGGAUUGUAAAACUCAAAUGUCAGUCUACUAUUGUUAGGAGUGAUCACUGUAUAGCACCACAUCAACAUGUACAGUAAAACGUGUUUUCUUUGAUUGAUGCAGCCAACUGCAACAACGUGCCAGUAACUUGCUUUUUGUCAACUGCUGUGAUUGUCAAACACGUCCGAGGGUGCAGAGUCUACAGCCUCAUGGUUUAAACAAUUUCAGACAAUCAGAUUUAGAUAUGAUUAAAAACAAAACAACAAACAAGCAUUUAUGGAUCUCGUAUGCAGUCAAAGUGAGUCCCUUACUUAUUUUCAAAAACAAUCUGGAGACACUCAGUCAUCUUCUCACACAUGUAUGUGAUUGUAGUGUGUGGUCAAGUCUCUAAAAUGUCUUCUUUCGUGAGGACAGAUUAACAGAGAAUAUUUUUUAUGGUAGCCGCAGUGGAGAGUAAACAAAAUAACAGAUGAGUGUCUCUGAUGUUUACAUUUGUAAAGAAAGGCGUUCUUGACCACUGGUAAAACUGCAGUGCAGAAUUGUGCACUCGUAGUGUGCAUUAAUCUGAGAUGUAGUGCAGUAAAUUUAUGAUAAAUACAAAAAUGGAUAGAAUUGGUUAUAAUUGAGGAAAGGUAUUGUUGUAGCCCUUAGACUUGGAGACAGUCUUAUGUUCAUUAUGUCUUAAAUAUGUCAUGUAUUGAUACAAUGUUUAUAUGUAUAUAUUAUUUUGUUUACUGGUAUGUUUGUAAAAUAUGUAGUGUUAAAUCCUGGUUGUGUGCAAUCAUAUUUUUAAAAUGUAUAUUGUGUUUAUUAAAUCUAUAUACUUGC